AUGGCAGAGACAUCGUCAUCAUCAACUUCGGCAUCCAAUCCAACAAUUACUGAUGGAUCGAUGAUUGCCUACAAUGCGAAGCCAAUCCUUUGUUUGCCCAAUACAAUACAACCUGUACCGUUGCCAGUUGUGAAGCUGGAACUCAAUACUAAUUUGAAUGUGCCACCGUUGAAUGCAUGGUCUGUUGAUGCGUACGAUGAUUUUUGGACAGAAAGGGCGAACGGUUCAAGUACAAGUCAUGGAACAACGACUAGCACUGCCGGAUCAGGAAAUUUUUCGAGAAGCAGGAAUAGAGGCGGUAUUGGGCAGUGGAGUUUCAAUACUCGAAUUAGAGACUGUUUCGAAAGUCUUCGUCUUGCUGAUUGUUAUAUCGAUGCUAUAGUUGGUGGUAUUGAUGUCGUCGCUGAAGCUGAAACGUUGAAAAAACUUAUUGCUACACCCUUCUCCAAACAACCACUAAAUUUAAUAGUUCAUAAAAUCGGGAAAACGCUACUGCUGGAUAAUUGUGCCUAUCUAAAGAAUUAUACCUGUAUGAAUUCAACUGUUGGCAAUUCUCCUGUGGCAGAAUUUCUCAAUUCUAAAUCUCAAUGUCUUGUUGGUAUUGCUGGUGCCAAAACAGGAACAGGAAGUACAACUGGUGAUAUAAUUGCCGAUAUGCAUCGCAAAAUGAUAACUGAGAGUUUGUACACUAGAAGUUUGGCAUCGCUAGAUUAUAUGGCAGUUACUGCAGAACAGGAUGUUCCAACGCAGAACAAUAAAAAUCAUGAAAAUGAAUCACCAAAAAUGGUUAAAGAAAAUGAUGGUUUAGUCGAUCCAUUAGAAGAUUAUUUAUACACAAAAAUAAAAAUAGAUGAUGAAAAAGUCGAACUAGAUGCUUACGGUCGGUUGUGGAAUUUUUAUGAUCUCAAUAUGCUUGUUGAUGUUAAUUUGCCGAUAUUUGGUUGUAAAUCCAACCCAUGCGUUACUCUACAUCCCAAAGAUCUCAAACAACGUCCUAUCAAUUUCUUAACUGGUGUGGAUUUGUAUCUGGAUCAAUCAAUGUGUAAUGCACCUGAAGCAUUACUUUGUUGGCAUUUAGGUGGCUAUGUAAAGGAAUAUGAGUUGAUUCGUACAGAAGAUAUCCCACAUUUGGAAAAUUCAAAAUUCGAUCCGCUUGUUUUGAGGAAUGUUGCGGAAAACAUUAUUGCAUUCCUGCAAGACAAAGUUGCGCAGGAGGGACACACAUAUUGGUUAUGUCAUGACAAAGGUGAUAAUGAUCGUGAACCAAUGUUUCGACUGUGGGAUCUGACGCCGCUGUGUGGUGAUCUGUUGGAAGAUUCUACAGCUAAUCCAUUUACGCUGAGUGUCGGAAUACUUAUCUAUAAAGUAGCUCGUAAUCUUAUGCGUCGCUCAGCACAUAGACGCCCGAAACGUAUUGCUAAUGCUGUAUUUCGUCUAUUGAAUGUAUGCUUGGGUAUUAUUGAUCGAAAGAAACAUCCACAGAUAGUAGCGUGUGUAUACUAUUUACUGGCCAACUUAUAUCUUUCAUAUGGUUGUGACGCAGUGAAACGUAGUGCAGGCCAAGAAGAGGAGAUGGAACGUGCCGAACCUCAGUGGACCUAUGAUGAUAGAUGGCAGCGAGAAUAUGGUGAAGAAUAUGCCAGCUAUGCGGCUAUUUCGAUAGAGUCAUUAAAGAAGACACGUUACACAGCUGGUAAACGUGACAAGCCACCAAAGCUACGUACGUUGCCGAAUUGCGCAACUAAAGAAGACUGCUGUAAAGAAGCCUUGGAACAUUGCCUAGAGGGUUUACGAUAUAUGGAUUUGUUUGAUCAAAUUGAGCAAGAAGCUCAGCGGCUGGGAAAACCUUUGCCCGAUCCGAUGUCUUUUAUCCGAGAUAUAGGUGCGAAUAUUGAUCAUGGUAGAGAAGAAGCAGAUGCAAUGCUUAAAGUAGAUGUCCGUUCCAUUUUGUUCAUUCGUGCUGGAAGUGCUUACCGCAUGCUGGCUGAUAGUUCGUUCAUUUUAUCAAGAUAUGGCCGAACAUUGAGAUUUGCACGAGUCGGGCUCUAUUGCUGUCUUGCGGUACUGGCAUUGAAUGCGGGUCUAGUUUCUGAGCAUGCUCAACGAAAUCAAGCCACAGCACGAGCUUUACUUCCUGCAAUGAUGUGUCAUAUCGCGGAAGCUCUCGGGAGUAUCGCGUGCAGUUCACUUCCAGUUAAAGAUCAGGCUAAGGCCGAUCUGAAACGUUGCUACCGGGACAAACAAAUUAAAGCACAUGCAUUGGAUUGUCUGAAUAAUAAUCAUGAUUCACACUCGUCAUUUUUUGCCGAUGCUACUGCUGCAUCAACUCCACUCUCUUCAUCAGUCGAUGAUUUUGGUGACGUUGGUUCAGAAGUUCAAGAAAAGGAUACAAAUCAAAUCAAAGAAGUUGGGCACCAUGGCUCCACUGAGGGUCGCAUUUUGACUCAGACCAGUUUUUUUACUUCGUCCACAGUUGCUGCCAAUUUGAAUCCUGCUACCUGUGCUAGAAGCUAUGGAGGAUCUCUUGCAAAAGUCUGCAAAACUGGCAAAAGUCGUCCAUACAGUUGGGCAUUCCCUAAAACUUUUCAUAUACCCUUUGUCGAACUAUUAGCAAUUUCUGAACGCGCUGCUGCUGUAGCUAUUGCAACGGGUAAAAAAAUUGCUCCAAUGUCCUUGUUCCCGCCGACAGCGAAUGCUAUUCUUUAUCGGGAUCAGUUAGCUCGUCGUUUGGGUAAUUUAAAAAAUGUUUUGGCUGUGCAUCACAUAGAACGUCUUAAAGGUUUUGUCCAACGUGCGGCGCAGAAAGGAGCAAAGUUAUUUACUGAUAAAGAAACAAUGCGGCAAUAUGUAGCAAUGGAUAUUGAUACGUUAGAUACUUCAAAUGAUACUUCAUGCAGAUCACUGAGUACUAUGGAACCAGAAGAAAUGGUUGAAAGGACCGUGAAAGCUGGGAAAGAGCUGCUUUUGCAGGGCAUUUCGCUGUUUGUUUUGGCUGAUGAUCGUGUCAACGAGGCAUUUUUGCUGUCAAAUAUUGGCCAGCUGUAUCGUUUACAGCUACACUGCCAAAUGUAUUUUACUGAUUUCAAUUUGCCAUAUGAUCCCGUCAAAGAGAAGAACUAUGUUCUGGAGGCUGUCGAGCAUUAUCAGCGAGCAUUGACCACAAUUGCGGAUUUUCGAGGUGCGCAGUUUCCACUAUUUGAAAGUAUUAGUAAGGAUUUGGCUGGCAUUUACCUCACCUAUGCAAUAAGGCUUCAAGAUAAUGUGCAACCAGGAAUGAUAGAAAGUCGUCCUGAAAAGAUGACCGUUGAAAUACAUGAGUUUUUGGCACGUGCUCAGUCGGCUUAUAUCUUGAUUCGUGAUUCUGUGAAAUGUUCUCCAAAAAUGCAUUCUAUAGCAGAUCGGUCUAUUGUUGAAAUUAUGUUUCGGUUUGGCAAAUUAUUCCAGCACGCAGCGCAUCAACACGGCACUAUAGGCUCAUCUCGCAAGUUAAAAGAUUAUGAACGGCAAGCGAUCGAACAUUAUAACGCAUGUUUUAACUAUGUAAUGGAGAAGAUUAUUAGAAAUACGAGAACAAAGUCAUCUAAAAAGCAAGAAAAAAUAUGUCUCCGAGAGUGUAUAACAGCUUUAAGAGCUGUUCUCGAAAGUACAAAGUGUUCAGAUGUCAAUACACAUAUCAGUACUGCCGAUGCACGCAUCAAACGUUCACGUCGAUCAUUGGCUGCAUUAUUCGUAGCAACUCAACCAUUAAUGCAGCACAUACAAACCUUACUUUCUGCCUCCGAAGAAGAGAGGAAGGAAUUUUUUGAAGAUGAUUCUUUAACGGAUCUCAACAGUUAUCGCGAAUCAUUACAUCUCUUUGUGCAAUAUGUCCGAAACAUCGUCAAGGAUACUCUACAGUGUUUGGUCACACGUUGUAAUUCGAAAGUGAACCGCUGGAAGGACAUUUAUCGGUUGCUAUUGCAAAUUCAGAUUACAGGCGAAGGUUGCAGUUUGCUACAGUCUCUGUUGCAACUGACAAAUUGUGCAAAGCAUAUAAACAGUUAUUUUGAAAAGUCUGAAUUAUAA